UCGAGCAAAACACCAAAAAGCCAACAAAUUUCGAUGACAUAUGGUUAUUAAUUGAAGUCAGUAAAUUUAAUUUGAAAGGACUACUAACAAAAUAUUAACAUACUUUUUUAAAAAGUUUUAUAUAAAUUAUUUAAUAAAUGUGACCGGCCACAUGGCGCAUUUAUUUUGUCGGGUCACCACCAAUUUAUUUGAUGUUAUAAUAUUAUUGUUUAGUUAUCGGAAUAAUUGAAUAAUUUAAAACAAUAUAAAAUUGACUAAUAGCAUUAACAAUAUAUUCAUAAAAAGACAAAAUUUUAGUAACUUCAUAACAAUGUGUGAGUAAAAUGAGAACUAAAAUUUGAACUAAAAUGUAUAAUAUUAUGAAUGUCAAAAGUGUCAAAUUUGAUUACUUGAUACAAUUUUACAUAAAUAGUGUUUUCCGAAAUUUGUAGUAUAUAAAUGCUUACUGUAUAUGAAUUGAAUUAUUUUUUUAAUUUAUCAAAUAAAUAAAAAUAAAAAAAUAUAUAAAUAUAUAAUAAACAUUUUGAGUAAAAUGGCAGAUAUUGGUCAAAAGGAAAUAGCUGUUUGUUGUAUGUGUUUACUAAUUUUUGUAUAUAUAUCGAUGAUUAUAACUGGGGCAAUUGGAAUAGGUGUUAUUAGUAUGGUAUCAAUAAUAAUUGAGUUUAUCAGAGGGUUUGUCCCGGAACAGAAUCCAAUGAAUACAGUACUGAGAGGGUUUGGUAUUUUUCUAUUUACUGUGGAGUUUGUAAUAUUUUGUCUAGGAAGUUACUUGGUUUUUUCUGUAUUUGAACCAAGUUAUGAAGAAGUUGACGAAUUUGAAUAUUGUGCUAAAUGGCUGUAUGUUUUUGCUAUUACAUAUAUCGCACUUACUUUUGCUAUAGUAUUAUCUGCCUUAUUAUUAGGAUAUUGUUUUCUAUACCUUUGGUGUUUCACGGUAGCUGCUCAUGAAGAACAGCAACAACCUCGGCGUCAGCCAGCGGCAUAAUAUAUGAUUUGUAAAUAUUAAAUUGAUAGUUAUAAAUUAAAUUGUACUAUACAUAAUUUAGUGAAUCAAAAAUUACUUUAUUAAAGUAUUAAAUUAUUGGUAAUGUUACAAGUAUGUAUACGUAGUAAACGACGUGCACAGGUACCAAAAUUAUUUAAUAUUUUUAUUUUGUAAUCUGUUGAAAAAGUUACAACUGAUAAUUAGAAAUAAUAAUUUACAAUGAUUGAACGCGUACAUGUACGAAAAUUUGCGGCGGCCAAGCUCGCCACACUAAAAAUAAACAACGGAGUGGGACAAGGCAACUUCUGGGUGAAAAGAUAAAAAUAAAAAAUAGUCAGUCGAACUCUAUAGUGCGGGUUGCAGAUGACUAUUAUUGCAAAAAUGAGUAGAGCGUGAAUUAUGGAGGGAAACAAAAUACAUCUGACUGGCUCGAAGGGUGACACAAAAGAUGUAGACAUAGAAAAGCAGGAUAGUGUGAAAAAACAAUUGGACAUUAUAAAUAAUGAGGAGGAUGAACCGCUGGAAAAGGCAAAAGAAAAACCACCACCUGGUAUCAAUGGAUCCUUAAUUAUGCUUUAUGGAUUAUUUCUGAUCAUGUUUGCCAUGGGAUGGAUAGCACUAAAUAGUUGUUCAAUAAACAGACUUAUCCCAAUAUACUUAAUUAUAGCAGGUUUCGUCGGAGCUCUCGCUAAAUUUUUAAGUAAAAUUGGAAAUCCAUAUACAUUCAAUUUAACUAUCAUUUUAGUAAUUUGUUAUAUUAUAUGGACUCUUUUAGGUACUUAUUGGGUAUAUAGAGAAUAUCAACCGAAUUAUGAUUACACUUUAGGAAAGUAUUGUAAUCGUACUGCUUAUCUACUAGCAUUUUGGGUGCUAACUUUUCAAUAUACGUUACUUACGCUAUUUAUAUUAUUAGCGGGUUGUUAUCUGUUAAUGAGAGGCGACUUUAAAAAGAAAUAAAACUUAUUACUCUUUUUAUAUACGUACAUAUAGGUAUUUAAUUUUAAAUAAAUAUAAUUUAUAAUAGAA